CACCCGCAAAGCUCCUGGAUUUCCAUCAGCCCUUGCUCGCGACCCUAGAAAUCUUCAAAAUUAAGCUUAACCUGAACCGCAUCUUCUCCCAUCACCUCCUCCAUCUUCCGCGACGAGUUCUCCGAGAUAAUUUUAACCCCGCACAACCCCUGCACACACUACGCCCACCACAACCACCCAUAAUGCCGAACUCGGGUCCAUCCGCGGAAAAGAGGAAAGAAGGAGGAGGGAAAGGAGGAGGAAAAGGAGGUCGAGGGCGAGAGCGCAAACCGCCCAGCCGCGAAGUCACGGUCUCCAAAGCUCUGAGCUUACUCCUCCGACACGCCGCGGAGCGCGAGGGUCUCAAGAUCGAUUCGCAGGGGUAUGCGAAUGUAGCGGAUGUGCUCGCAUGGCGAAAGCUGAAAUCGCUCAAGGUCACCUUCCCAGAAAUCAUAAGUGCCGUCGAGACGUCGGAUAAGAAGCGGUUUGCGUUGCUAUAUCAACCUCCCUCCGAACAAACCGAUACAUUGCCAACAAAGGUCGAAGAACCGGCAUCCGCUCAAGACGAACCUAUAACAGCAACAUCAACAGGAACAGCAACAGCGACAACGGCAGCCCUGGCGGCUUCCAAGACCGACCAAACACCCGCACACUAUCUUAUCCGCGCAACACAAGGCCACAGCAUCAAAACUGUCGAAGCAGAAUCAGGCCUACUAGAAAGACUCACACUGGAUAAUCCCGAUAAACUGCCCGAGACCGUUGUCCAUGGAACAUACCAUUCUACAUGGCCGUUAAUUCUGGAAUCUGGGGGGGUUAAGUGCAUGGGAAGGAAUCAUGCGCAUUUUGCUACGGGCCCUGCGGUGCAGGAUGUUCUGAGUGCGAUUGAUUCUUCCGUUUCUAGAGGGGAAGAAGGAGACGAGAAGUCAGGUUCUGGAGCAGGAUCGCAUGGAAUGGUUAUAUCUGGCAUGCGUGCGGACGCAGCGGUGCUGAUCUACAUUGACAUUCGGAGGGCGUUGGCGGGUGGGUGCCCGUUUUGGAGGAGCGAGAAUGGGGUUAUCCUUUCGGAAGGUAUGGAGGUAAAUGUGGCUACAGGCACAGGCACAGAAAAGGGUGUAAUACCUGUGGAGUAUUUUGAUGUUGUUGUUGAACGAAGGAAGGGACUGGGCAAGAUUUGGGAGGGUGGCAAGGUAAUUCAGAGCUUACCGGAGGAACUGACGAAGAAGGGGAAUCCGAAAAGAAGGGGAGGCGGCGAAUAGCAGAACUUGCUAAGCUGUAUUUAAAUAGAUGCUUCGCAG